CACAGAAACCUUGGAACUCUCCCCCACUUACACGGAGAUACAUAGUACAUAGUACAGCUUCUUGAACCCGAACUUAUCGAAAGUGGGUCUCCCUCAAUUUCUUUGCAUGUAACUUUUCCGAAGCAAUUUCAACACAAGACUACCUACAUAGUCCGAAUUCCGACGCCGACGAUUGCGAUAGAUUGUCGACAUCGAAGGAAGUUCGGGAACAAAAGCUUUGAUGACCACAAUUAGCUGAGGGGAUUCCGUCCUGAUAAUAAUAAAAGUGCCCACCGGCACACCCACAUCGAACCCCCCUCCCUUCGCCGGGAUGCCACCAUUACUCCCCCGGCCGGCUCUCCUCCCACGAGGAGGAGGACCCGUAUCGCGAGCCCUCUUCUCUUCCACCGCCGGCCGACCCUCACAGCGGAUCCCCCCGGAGUCCCCCCUCUUCAUAAAUGUGCCGAACCCGCCGCAAGACCAGUCCAUCGAAGCCCUGCGCGAGCUCAAGCCGGUCAAGGGCCACCUGCCCAUCCCGCGGCAGAUCUUCAAGAAGCGCGAUGGCCACCUCAAGCCCCAGGACGAGUGGUUCCUGCGGUCCGCGCCCGAACCCUCCUCGGAGCGCUCCAAGCAGCCCCCGCGCUCCGAGGUCCAGGCCUGGAAGCGCAAGAUAGCCGCCUCUCGUCGAGAGAACAUGCGCGAGGGUAUCCGCGCCCUGUACUCCCGAAAGCAGCUCUUCGACACUCGGAGGCUCCAGCGCCAGACCGCCAGGCUAGCCGCCAACCGGGCCGCCGCUACCGCUCCCGAGCGUGAGGACGACCGGCUAACCCGCGGCUCGAUCAACGCCGGCACGUUACAGACCAAGGUCCAUCCGGACCCGCAGCGUUUCGAGCGGGCCGUCGAGUCGCGCGAACGCACUGAGGCCAUAGCCGCACAGAAGAGCGAUGCCCGUCGCGACGCUAUUCAGGAGCUGUACAUGAGGGCGCGAUCUUUCAUCAUCGACGAGAAACAUCUCGAGGAGGAAGUUGACCGCCUCUUUGCCCCUGACUACUGGAAGGGCGUGGCGGCUGCCGGCACCGAAAUUACCAAUAUUUGGGAUAAGGAAGGCAGGCCUAAGACUGUCGCUAGCAUGCUCAACGAUGUUGCUCGUAACACAAGCCAGAUAGUGAGAAACUUAGAGUCGGAGAAGACUCGAACCCUCAAGAGGCAGAAGGAGGUUGCUGAGGAGUUGACGGGUGGUAAGCUGGACGAAUUCUAGUCAUGACUUCUUCAAAAGAGCGGCACACAUUGUAGAUAUAUGACUUGUAGAUCACAGCAUUGAUCUUUGGACGAGAACUACUAGAUUCAUCCGUCAAAGCGACCGUGGUUAUACUUGUAAAUUAAGCGGCUUCACGAGAGUUGCAUCAUGUAUAAAACGACAUUUAUCA